AUGCGUGGCCCUCCAGACUCCAACGUGGUGGCGUAUAAGCGCCUGUACGUGGGUGUGAAGUACUUGGGUUGGUAUAUGCGUUAUGUCGGUAGUUUCCAGGGCAAGAUGUAUGGUGUCGGCUCCGAAGCUCCUGAUUGUCCGUCUCUUGUCGGUUCCCCUUGA